GCGUCUCUCGGCUAAACAGACGGAGAUUGGCCGGAGAGAAGUGGAGCUACUUUUACUUCGGAGCGAUUUCUCUUUCAACUUUGUUUUUCCUUUUGCUUUUGUCGACGCAGCGUCGAUCCUUUUUCUCGGUUGACUCGUCGAAGUUGAUUCCAGGAUGGUGAAGGUGUCUUUCAACUCUGCCCUGGCGCAGAAAGAUGCGAAAAAGGACGUGGAGACUCUGAUUCCCGAGGACGACCAAGACCCUGAAGCAGCCGUCCCGUUGCGUCAGCAGUCCCGGGCCUGGUGCUGGUGCAUGUGCCUGGGUUUGGCCCUCAUGCUGGCCGGCGUGGUGGUGGGAGGAGACUACCUGUACCGCUACUACAUCCAAGAGGAGGGCCAGGUGUUUGUGUGCGGGGUCAAGUACCGCCAGGAGGACUACAUGAUCCAGGACGAGGUGGAGGUGCCGCAGCACCAGGCGCGGACGCUGGAGGAGCGCAUCCAGGUGAACGAGCCCGAGGGCGUCGAGCUCAUCAACGUCCCCGUGCCCGAGUUUGACGACAGCGACCCGGCCGACAUCGUGCACGACUUCCACAGGAGGCUGACGGCCUACCUGGAUCUGAGUCUGAACAAGUGCUACGUCAUCCCGCUCAACACCUCCAUCGUCAUGCCGCCCAGAGACCUGCUGGAGCUGCUCGUCAACAUCAAGGCCGGCACCUACCUGCCUCAGUCCUACCUGGUGCACGAGGAGAUGGUGGUGACGCAGCGCCUGGAGAACAUCGACCAGCUCGGCUACUUCAUCUACAACCUGUGCCGCGGCAAAGAGACGUACAACCUGCAGCGCAGAGACAGGGUCCUGGGCAUUCAGAAGCGCGAGGCCCUGAACUGCCGCACCAUCCGUCACUUUGAGAACAAGUUUGUGGUGGAAACCAGGAUCUGUGAGCCGUGAAGCCGGCGGCUCGCCUCCUCACAGCAGCUCUUAACGUCACUGGCGUGCAGUGAGAUUGUUUUGGGGUUUUUUUUCCAUUUAAUUCUCUUUUCUGUCUCUUUUUUAAAAAAAACAAAAUUUGUUCUAUACUUCAGGUAGCUUGUGUGCGUGAGAGAGUUUAAAUGUGAAGCUGUUUUGGUAAAUGUUCCUCGAGCUCUCCGAGUGGGACGAGGUGGAGACUCGUGUGUUUUUUCACUUUAUGCAGGCGGCGGCGGCGGCGGCGGCGCUCUUCGGGUUUUGAAACAGUUGAGGGAAUCAUUUUUCUGACAUAACUAGCUAAAUAUCAGCCUGGCUGAUUAUUUAAUAGUUGUUUAAAUUAUUGUAAUCAAAAUUCUGCAAUUAUAGCAUGAUCAUAUAUUUUAAUAGAUAAAGGUAAAUUACAUCUACCCAUUUUUUUCCAGCUUAAAUGUAGAAAACUGCAGAAGAAAUUGAAACUUUUUUACCCUCAGCCUGAUUUUUGGAGCAGAUUGGUCCAGGGAGAUUUUUAUUUACUGUAUUUUGUCUGCUGUAGCUCUUAAUACACUGCACCUAUUAUUUCUUAACUGGAAGAUGAUGUUAAAAUAAGAGUGUGGAUGCCUGAUUCUCUUGUUAUGGUAAAAUAAGAAAAUAAAAAAAUAAUAGCAGGGAAGAAAAUCCAGUGAGAAACCAAGGACAUCCUGACAUUUAGCCUUAACAGAAUAAUGUUGUAUGUGAUAAUCUUCGAGCCGCUCACACGUCCCACAGUUAGACUGCAGCUGUUUUGAAAGAACGUCAAAAAAAAAGAAAUAAAUAAAAUAAAAUAAAUAAGAAUUCAUUGGCGAACAGAUUCCUCUGCCUAUUGAACGUUCACAGGAGGACACACACUUACGUUAACGUCUGUAAUCUUUUUCACAAAGUUCAUCUGUGAAAAUUUCAUUGUUUUUGAAUGUAUAAUUUUUUGAAUAACUCUCCUUAUUGUACUAAUUUGUAUAUAUAAUCUCUGUAAAGACACGAGCAGGCACACACCUCAAUAAAUCUU